UUUGGUUAUGGCUGAUCAACAUAGGAACUUCCUCCAUCACCAGCAACCAACCAUGUUUACUCAAUUCCUCUUCCUCUUCCUCUCAUGCACUACCUUUAUAUCAAUCACAGCAUAUGAAAGUGAUGAUUUUAUGCGUCCACUAGACCACAAAAUGUUGGGUUUGGACAAGCAAGAAAAGCUAAGCCAUUUCAAGUUCUAUUGGCAUGAUAUAGUGAGUGGAAGAAACCCUUCUUCUGUUUUGGUUGUUCCACCACCAUUGAACUCAACAACAGGCUUUGGUUUCGUGAACAUGAUUGAGAACCCUUUGACCCUGGGACCCCAAUUGAGCUCAAAAUUGGUGGGGAAAGCUCAGGGGUUCUUUGCUUCUACAUCACAGAGUGAGAUGGAUUUGCUCAUGGUUAUGAAUUUUGCCAUCGUGGAAGGGAAGUAUAAUGGAAGUACCAUCACUAUUUUUGGGAGGAACCCGAUCUUCAACAAGGUUAGGGAGAUGCCUGUGAUUGGUGGUAGUGGGCUUUUUCGUUUUGCUAGGGGUUAUGCUCAACUUAGAACUCAUUGGUUCUCACCAAAAACAAAGGAUUCUAUAGUUGAGUACAAUGUUUAUGUUUUGCACUAUUGAUGAAUGAAGAUGCAUGCUAUAUACUAUAUAUAUAUACAGGAGACUUAUCUUGCUUUUAUUUAUUUUGGUUUGUUUGUUUCUUAUUUUCCUCUUUUGAGGCCAUAGGAAGCAUUCACUCUCUUAUGAUGUUCUGGUCUUGAGAAAAGAGAUGUUAAAAACCACCUUUA